UAUAUUUCAAUAUGGAGUUCCCAGUAUUGAGUGGUUUAUGCGGUUCAUUAGCAAGUUAUGCAGGUAAGAUUAUAAUUGUGUAUCUAGGUAAAAUUGCUUUUCAAGAUGAAUCAUAAUUGAUAUUUAGAGCAGUUGGGUUGAUUUUAAUGUUGCUUUUCAAUAAAUGGAUGUUUUAAUUCAAUUUAAAGUCAUUGCAAAUAAAUGGAUCAUCAGUCACAGUGUUGUUACAAUUUAUAGUGGGUAAUCUGAUAAAUGUAAGAAUGAAAUGAUUGAGUUAGGGACUGAAUGGAUAUUUUCUAUUGAGUGAGUCAUUGUCAUUGUAAUGGUUUAUUGGAAUUAUAUUUAUGUGUUUGGGAGUUUAUAUGAUAUCAAAUGAAAAACAUGAGCACUAAAAAUAGUAAUGAGAUAAUGAUGAUUAAAUAUUUAAAAAAUGCGUC